UGAUCCCUUACCCUUCUCCUUGAAGAUUUACUAAUACUUCUUUUCUUUUCUUUUCUUUUCUUUUCUUUUCUUUACACAAAUGGGUAAGAUUCACGGAUUCAGGCUUAAACGCCGACGACGAUCCGGUUAUAAACGCUACAUCCGGCCGCCGCCGAUGAACAGAGCGCGUUCAAUCUCGCGUAUAUUUAACUCUCUCAAGAAAAAAGCCAUGUCCUUUUGUUCAUGCAAACCGAGUAACUCGAGACGGGGAUAUGUUCCAUUGAACAACGCCGCUGACGACGAUAAGCUGUCGGUGCCGCCGAAAGGCUAUAUGGCUGUUUACGUCGGCCAAAGAGACGGCGGCGGCGAUGGAUUUCAUGAGUUUACGAUUCCGGUUAUAUAUUUGAAUCAUCCGUUAUUCGGAGAGUUGUUGAGAGAAUCACAGGAUGAAUUUGGGUUUAAUCAUCCUGGCAAAAUUACUAUUCCUUGUAAGGUGUCUGAUUUUGAAAAUGUUCAAACCAGGAUUGCCGCCGCCGCUGGUGGUCGCCGGAAAUUAACCAAGUGGUGA